GAAUUCGUGGUGUGAAUGAACUGGGGGCAUCUUGGGCACAGGGAAUGCCCCCUCCUCCUUCCCCGCCUCGGGCCACAGUUGAGUAGUGGGGCAUUUUUUUUCACCUUCUUGUGAAGAAUUUUUUUUUAUUAUUUGUUGUAAAGUCUUUUGCACAAUCACGCCCACAUUUGGGGUUGGAAAGCCCUAAUUACCGCCGUCGCUGAUGGACGUUAGAGAGGGAGCGCCUCGCCGCGGAACAGUCGCCUGCGCGCCCUCGUCGGACCCGCGGCUCCUGCACUGUGUCCCCACUCGGCCCUGCGCUUGCUGCUCGCCCGCGCGCGCCGGCGCCCUCUCGGUUCCUGGGCACAUUUCCACGCUAUACCAGCUCCGCAGCCCGAGCCGGGGCUCCAGUGCUCGCUUCCGCUCCGGGUCGCUGCGCCCACCCGACGCGCCCAGGAGGACUCCGCAGCCCUGCUUUGGAUCGUCCCCCCAGGCUUAACCCCGACGCUUCGCUUGGAUUCCUCGGCCUCCUUCGCUCGGGUGGCGACUUCCUCUCCGCGCCCCCUCCCCCUCGCUAUGAAGAAGCCCAUUGGAAUAUUAAGCCCGGGAGUGGCUUUGGGGAUCGCUGGAGGUGCCAUGUCUUCCAAGUUCUUCCUAAUGGCUUUGGCCACAUUUUUCUCCUUCGCCCAGGUUGUAAUAGAAGCUAAUUCUUGGUGGUCGCUAGGUAUGAAUAACCCUGUUCAGAUGUCAGAAGUAUAUAUCAUAGGUGCACAGCCUCUCUGCAGCCAACUGGCAGGACUUUCUCAAGGACAGAAGAAACUCUGCCACUUGUAUCAGGACCACAUGCAGUACAUUGGAGAAGGUGCGAAGACAGGCAUCAAGGAAUGCCAGUAUCAGUUUCGGCAUCGGAGAUGGAACUGCAGCACAGUGGACAAUACUUCUGUCUUUGGCAGAGUGAUGCAAAUAGGCAGCCGAGAGACGGCCUUCACCUACGCGGUGAGCGCGGCUGGGGUGGUGAAUGCCAUGAGCAGAGCAUGCCGGGAAGGCGAGCUGUCUACCUGUGGCUGCAGCCGUGCUGCACGCCCCAAGGACCUGCCUCGGGACUGGCUGUGGGGCGGCUGCGGGGACAACAUCGACUAUGGCUACCGCUUCGCCAAGGAAUUCGUGGACGCACGAGAAAGGGAACGAAUCCACGCCAAGGGCUCCUAUGAGAGCGCACGCAUCCUCAUGAACUUGCACAACAAUGAAGCAGGCCGUAGGACAGUAUACAACCUGGCAGACGUAGCCUGUAAGUGCCAUGGAGUGUCUGGCUCGUGUAGCCUCAAGACAUGCUGGCUGCAGCUGGCGGACUUCCGAAAGGUGGGCGAUGCCCUUAAGGAGAAAUACGACAGCGCAGCGGCCAUGAGGCUGAACAGCCGGGGCAAGCUGGUACAGGUCAACAGCCGCUUCAAUUCCCCGACCACGCAGGACCUGGUCUACAUCGACCCAAGUCCGGAUUACUGUGUGCGCAAUGAGAGCACUGGCUCGCUGGGCACGCAGGGACGCCUGUGCAACAAAACCUCAGAGGGGAUGGACGGCUGCGAGCUCAUGUGCUGUGGGCGUGGCUAUGACCAGUUUAAGACGGUGCAGACCGAACGCUGUCAUUGCAAGUUUCACUGGUGCUGCUAUGUCAAAUGCAAGAAGUGCACGGAGAUUGUGGAUCAGUUCGUAUGCAAAUAGUGGUGUGCCUGCCCAUCACCCAGUCCCACUCCCAGGACCCACUUAUUUAUAGAAAGUACAGUGCUUCUGGUUCUUUUUAUUUCUCCCCCAAGAAUUGCAGCUGGAACCAUUUGUUGGUUUUUUUUUUUUCUGUUACCAUCUAAGAACUCUGUGGUUUACUAUUAAUAUUAUAAUUAAUAUUUGGCAAUAGUGGGGGAAAACUAAGAAAAAUAUUUAUUUUGAGGAUCUUUGCAAAGUUAGUACAAAAUUUCUUUCUUAUGCUACAGGAUAAAGGGGAAAUAACACGUAUUCUAACUUAGGUGUGCAGUUGGGGUUCACAUCUAGAAGAUGUAGGAACUAUUUUCUUCUCAAACAGAGUCCUAUGAGAUGGGUGGUAUCCAGGUGAAAGAGGUGGUACAGACCCAUGAGUGACUCAGUCCUGUGACCAAAAUGAAUUGCAGGUGUGCUCUGGUACAAGACAAAAGAUCUUAAAUAUAGAUAUAUUAAAUUUACAUAUGUACCAAAAAUGCAGAAUAUGAGGUACUCCCUCCUCCAGAGGUUACUGGUCUGGUUUUCUUUGUAUUUCUAGAAUGAUCUUUUAGAACGUAUGAGCAAGAAUCUCUCAUAUCUUCAUAAGCAGGCAUGUCAUGUAUGUGUUAUUAUAUCUUAUCUACAAAUGAUCUGUUUGUGGAUGUGCCUUUUUCUAACAGUUCAUGAAACUUGGGGAGCUGGUGGGCUGGGGAAGGGAAGUCCCCAGAAAUUAGAAAACUUGAAAUUUCCUACAUUGAGGACAUAAUCUUAUGGUGUUAGCCCAUCUGAUUCUGAAUGCCAGACUUCAUGUCCAUGAAGGGAUUUUGACUAAAAAGAAAAAAAAGUCUUGUUUUGAAAGCCAUCUUAUUUUCUUAAAAAUGAAAAAUUACCCAUGAAUCCUAUUUUCAACCCCCCCUACACAGGCAACAAGAAAAUCCCAUGUAGUUGAGCACUGCAGAAGGGCAGAACACCUCUGUGAGGAGAUAAUGGCAACACCUUCCUCCAUGACCCCAAGCCCUCUCUGGACUCCGCUGGCCAUGCUUCCAGAUGGCAGCUUCGGUGGAUGCUCCUUGCGGUAGGGCAGAAACUGCAAACGAGGAGCAAUGCUCAAACCAGCUACUUAGCAGGGACUGUUCUCUAAGGCUUUUCUUUGAAGGUGCUUGCUGUGUCUUGCUGAUAUCACUUGGCCCAGGGAGUCCACAGAGGUGCUGCGGCCGUUCGGCUGUCAUGUUCCUGUGUUUAGACUUUCCAUUAGUGCUUUCCCUAUUAUCCUGCAGGUGUACCCGAAAACUGUUCCUAGUGUACUUGAACAGUUGCAUUUAAAGGGGGGGGGAUGUGGUUUAAUGGUGCCUGAUAUCUCAGUUUUUUUUGUAUAUAACAUAUAUAUAUAAAUAUACAUAUAUAAAUAUAGAUAUAAUUAUAUCUCAGUGCAGUCUGGGAUUUAGAUUUACAGUUUGCUCUGGGCUUGCUCUCUGCCUGGAGUAUUGUUCUUCAUUGCAGUCCAAUUGGGAUUUCUUUUUUCCAAAAUUUUUUGAAUCUGGACAUUGGCCUGUGACUCCACAGGAUCCUACCAUGAACACAGGGAAGCAAGCGAAGACUGAAGAAGCAAGUGCUCAGGGCUCAUGCUCUGAAUGCAUGUUGGUUAGAAAGUGGCCUUUCUGCUUCCUGCCUACGGCCAGUUCUCCACCCUCUCUUUGGUGUUCUCUGUGGGGAGGGCACUGUGGUUUGUCACAGUCCUGGACUUUGAGAGGCUCCCAGAACCCAGGAGCACCAGCCUCCUCUCUAUUUGCUUAACUCCUUUCCCAGGGAGAACUUGUGACUAUCCUGUCUGACAGGACAGAUCUGAGUUCCCAAAGCAAACCAGCUCACCACAUAGAUAGCUAGUUUAAACAAUGUUUUAAAAUAAGGGCACCUCUGUUUCAAAAGUGACAUCUGCUGUGUUGUUUUCGAGGCCUGAUAUUCUUUUUCAAGGUUUGAAAGGAUGUAUGUCUCCGUUCAUGGGCUUGGUAGCCUUCUGGUUACCUCAGUCCUGUGGCUCUUAACUUAUUACCCAACAAUAUUCAUUUCCCCUCAGCUACGGUGAAUUGCAAGCAAAAGAUCUUGAAAUGAAAAAAGCACUAAUUUAGUUUAAAAUGUCACUUUUUGGUUUUUAUUCUACAAAAACCAUGAAGUUCUCUCUCUCUCUCUCUCUCUCUCUCUCUCUCUCUCUCUUAUUUGUUAAAUCAGAUUAUGGGUUUUUUUUUUUUUUUUGUGAUUCAUGUUUAUGAGCAGAGUGGAGUUUAACAAUCCUAGCUUUAAAAAAAAACUAUUUAAUGUAAGAUAUUCUACGCGUCAUUCAGAUAUUUUGUAUAUCCCCUAUGGCCUUUAUUCUGUACUUUUAAUGUACAUAUUUCUGUCUGUGAUUUGUAUAUUUCACUGGUUAAAAAAAACAUUGAAAGGCUUAUGCCAAUGGAAGAUAGAAUAUAAAAUAAAAUGUUACUUGUAUAUUGGUAAGAGGUUUCAGUUGUCCUUCAGCUAAUUCAUGUAGAGAAAUAUUUUUAGUUGAAGCCACAAAAGACGGCUUAGGGCAGUUAUGUGUUCAAAUAACAGAAGAACGGAUUUUUUUUUUUUUUUUUUUUAACCAAAACCGAACCAUUGGGAAACCUCAACAGAGCUCUAUAUGUAUUGGAACAAAAGUAAAAUUCUCUUCUCCUAUAUAUGUUCCUUCAAAAGGAGAGAAAGAAGUCAAGCAGAUGGCUUAAAGCUGGUCACAGGAUUGCUCACAUUCUUUUGGCAUUAUGCAUGUGACUUAAUUGUUUUAGAGUGUGUUGCUAUUGUAACAUCCCAGAGAUGAACCGAAAAGUCUCACGCUCUCACCCAUGAGCAGCCUUUUAACUUAUACGCACACAUGCAUGUACAUGUGUGUGAUAUGCAUGUGUGCACGCAUGUCUGUAUGUAUUCUUGUAUUUGCCACUACAACUUUUGUGCCUCUCUAUUCGGGUUGACCAGGGGUCUUGUGGGGGCAUCUCUGUGUCCCAUUUGAAGGCAGUCUUUAUGGAAAGAGAGCAAGGGUCUGCAGAGAACAGGAACGAAAGAUUCCUUGUGUGACAUGCAAUUAAUAAAAGGCCUUCUUCUUUCUGGAAAUGGAGGCCAGAAUCUGGCCAGGACUGUAGACUGAUACAUUAGCUAGCCCUUUGCCUUUUUCCCCCACUUCUCCCCCUCUUUUCUUUCCAGAUAACCUUGUAACAUAUUGAAACCUUUAAAGGGAACCAAGAAUGCAUUAUUACACACACACACAAAAUACAGUAGACCAACAUAUAGAGUUUUUAAAAUAGCAUUUAAAAUAGCAAAUUCAAAUGCUUGUGGCUCUAGGACGCACAUCUGUUUCCGUUUUUCUUCAGUUGUAUAUUGACCAGUGUUCUUUAUUGCUAAAACAUAUACUCGGUGUAGCAAUGUCAGCAUUUUUUUCCUUCCCAUUCUGGAGUGCAUUCAAGACCUUCCCAGUACAGAAACAUCAAUGAAGCAUUUAUAUACAGGCAGUGGCAGGCAGAACCAUGUCCAAAAUGGUCAGUGUUGGGCUCCAGGGCAGGGCUAUCUUGCUCCAGUCCUGUUUCUUUGUGCUCCUGACCUUCAGGACUGCUGCUUCCCACGACAGCAGCUGCCUGCCCACACUCUUUUUUUCCAAGGAUUUUCCCAAUAGCCACUUCCUUUGUGUCUUUUUCUGCAACUUUAUUCAAGCCACUGAAACCUUCAGAUAGGGCCCGAGAGCAGGAUGUCACAACCUGUGGACAAGAGCUGUAUUAACUUGAUCACCAGUAUGAACCAGUAUUAUUACUGUGAUUGCCAGUGAAAGGCACCUGCAUUAAUUGUUCAGUCAGAAAUAUAGGUAGAGAGUGGGGCUGGCAAAGUUUCUUGUAACUUCCGGUACAUGUUUAAUGUACACACAUAUGGAGGCAGAGCUCUGAAGCACUGUAUUGUUACUGUAAAGCAUACUUUAAAAAAUAUUUAUUGUUUUGAAAAGCAUUUUCUAUAGUUUUCCCUCUCUGUGGCGCAGUAAACAAGAUGCCAUGUUGUGAAGGUUUAAAAUGAUUUUUUUUAAAUUGCAGAAACAUUUAGAGACCUAAGAAUUAAAACUUAUAAAAGGGAUCUUCUAAUUUGCCUGUUAACAUAGAAUUUACACUUAAAUCUGAUGAUUGGAUGGUGUUUUACGUUAGGGAAAUACCUUGUUAGUGAACGUCAUAGAGCAGAUGUCAUUCAAGGUCGAUGUGAGCCAACCUAGAAGGUUCAAUAGUGUUUUGAAAGAAAGGAGAGACUUAUAUCUUAGACCAAUUUUUAUACAGUUUUCAUUUUGCUGAGCUAGAAAGGAGAUAAAGAUUAUUUAUUUUUUGUUCAUAUCUUGUACUUUUCUAUU